AUGGCAGUGAUUUUUACAAGGGACGUGAAGAUUUACAACCGGGCUCGGAAAAGGGUGGCUGGAAAGGGGGCUACGGAACGGGAGCGGGUGGGGCCAGUGGGGGCGGUGGAGGUGGAGGUGGAGGCGGCGGAGGGAGUGGGGGUGGCGGUGGAGGUGGUAGCGGGGGUGGGGGUGCUAGUGGCGGCAGUAGAGGCGGGGGUGGCGGCGGCGGUGGCGGUGGUAGCGGAGGUGGCGGAGGUGGCGGCGGUGGAGGCGGAGGUGGGGGCGGUGGAGGUGGCGGCGGGGGUGGCGGCGGUGGAGGUAGUGGGAGUGGAGCUUCGCAGCGGAGCGGCGCUGGGGGAGGUGUGUCCCAGGUAG